GCAGUCAGAGAUGCCCCAAGCUGGGUCCUGGAGCUGGGGUGGCUGGAAGGGAAAAUCCUGUUUUUACCCCAUGGUGAGUAAUUCGGUGUGGUGCCCACGUCCUGCUCUGCUCCACGGAUCUCAGUGUGGUGCCCAUGUCCUGCUCUGCUCUGAGGAACUCGGUGUGGUGCCCGCAUCCUGCUUUGCUCCAAGGAACUCCAUGUGGUGCUCAUGCCCUGCUCUGAGGAACCUGAUGUGCCCACAUCCUGUUUUGAGGAACUUGAUGUGGUGCCCGAGCUCUGCUCUGCUCUGAGGAUCUUGGUGCAGUGCCCACGCCCUGCUCUGCUCCAAGGGACUCUGUAUGGUGCCGGUGUCCUGUUCUGCUCUGAGGAUCUCUGUGGUGCCCACAUCCCACUCUGCUCCAGGGUGAGGCCAGUGCCUAGGAGGGACGCAGGGAGUCCUGGCCUGCAGCCUGUGCCCACUCCCAGGGUGCCCAUCCCUGCAUGGUGCCAUCCUGAUGCCUCUGAGAGGCUAGGAGGCGGGCAGGCAGCAAGCUGAUCCUGGGGGCCACUGCUGCUCUGGUUGCCUCAUUGGUCAUUAAUACUUCACCCAUUAACCAAGGCUGGUAAAUCUGCUGGGACCGAGAGGCUAAAAGCCUGUGCCAGCUGGGCACAGUCUCCUCCACCAGCUCCACUCCUGAAGCCUUGCCAUGGCAGCCGGCUUCUUCAUCAGCAAGGGUGUGGGCAUUGCAGCCAUUGUGCUGGGCCUGGGCGCCGUGGCCACCAUCAUUGCACUCUCGGUGGUGUAUGCCCAGGAGAAGGAGAAGAACAAGUCCCCGGAGCCCAGUGCCACCGCCACGGCUGCGCCCACCACCCCUGCCCCCAACAACCCCUGGAACAGGUGGCGGUUGCCCACGACGCUGGUACCUGAGUACUACGAGGUCACCCUGCAGCCCUUCCUGAGGCCCAAGGACAACGUCAGCUACAUCUUCACAGGCAACAGCAGCGUGGUCUUCCUCUGCAGGGAGGCCACUGACCUCAUCCUCAUCCACAGCAACAAGCUGAACUACACUAUGCAAGGCUCCUUCCUUGCCUCGCUGGAUGCCGUGGAUGAUGCCACUGUGCCUCCCAUCACCGAGACCUGGCUGGAGGUCCCCACCCAGUACCUGGUGAUAAAGCUGGGGGGAAGGCUGGAGCAGGGCAAGCGCUACAGGCUCUUCAGCAUCUUCACUGGGGAGCUGGCUGAUGACCUGGCUGGCUUCUACCGCAGCGAAUACGACGAUGAGAUGGGCAGAAGGAAGGUGGUGGCCACCACACAGAUGCAGGCGGCCGAUGCUCGCAAAGCCUUCCCCUGCUUCGAUGAGCCAGCCAUGAAGGCCAACUUCACCGUGACGCUGAUCUACCCCUCUGACUACGUAGCCAUCUCCAACAUGCCUCCUGCCAGCUCUCGGCUGGAGCAGAUCGAUGGGGAGCAGUGGAAUGUCACCACCUUCGAGCCCACCCCCAAGAUGUCCACCUACCUGCUGGCCUUCAUCGUCAGCGAGUUUGACUCCAUCCGGAACGACUCAGGCAAAGUGCUGAUCCGCAUCUGGGGCCGCCCCGAGGCCAUCAAAGAGAAGCAGGGUGACUAUGCGCUGAAGGUGACCGGCCCCAUCCUCGACUUCUUUGAGGAGCACUACAACACAACCUACCCACUGCCCAAGUCCGACCAGGUUGGUCUCCCUGACUUCAAUGCGGGUGCGAUGGAGAACUGGGGGCUGGUGACCUACCGGGAGAACUCUCUGCUCUACGAUGCCAACUACUCCUCCAUCAGCAACAAGGAGAGAGUGGUCACCGUCAUUGCCCACGAGCUGGCACACCAGUGGUUUGGGAACCUGGUGACGCUGCGCUGGUGGAAUGACCUGUGGCUGAACGAGGGCUUUGCCUCCUACGUGGAGUACCUGGGAGCUGACUCAGCAGAGCCCACCUGGAACAUCAAAGACCUGAUGGUGCUGAACGAGGUGUACACGGUGAUGGCGACGGACGCCCUGACCACCUCCCACCCACUCUCCUCCAGCGAGGACGAGAUCAACACCCCCGCCCAGAUCAGCGAGGUCUUUGACAGCAUCACCUACAGCAAGGGAGCGUCGGUGCUGCGGAUGCUCUCUGACUUCCUCACUGAGGACAUCUUCAAGGACGGGCUGCAGACCUACCUCCACACCUUCGAGUACAGCAACACCAUCUACAAGGACCUUUGGACUCACCUGCAGCAGGCCGUUGACCGUCACGGGCUGCAGCUGCCUGGCAGCGUCAGUGCCAUCAUGGAUCGCUGGAUCCUGCAGAUGGGCUUCCCGGUGGUGACCGUCGACACCCUCACCGGCACCGCCACCCAGAGCCACUUCCUGCUGGACCGCGGCUCCACCGUGGAGAGACCUUCUGCCUUCAACUACACCUGGAUCGUCCCUAUCACCUGGAUGACAACCCAGAGCGGGGGGUCGAGGCUCUGGCUGACCAGAAGCUCAGAAACCUUCAACGAGUUCAAGGUGAGUAGCCCCAGCUGGCUGCUGCUGAACCUGAACGUCAGUGGCUACUUCCGUGUCAACUACAACCCAGAGAACUGGGACCAGCUCCUCACCCAGCUCUCCAGCAACUACCAGCAAAUCCCCGUGAUCAACCGUGCCCAGAUCAUCGAUGAUGCCUUUAACCUGGCCAGGGCCAACUAUGUCAACGUGACCUUGGCCUUGAGAACCACACGGUUCCUGAGCCAGGAGGUAGAGUACAUGCCCUGGGCAGCAGCACUCAACAACCUUCAGUACUUCCAGCUGAUGUUUGACCGCAGUGAGGUCUUCGGCGUGAUGACGAAAUACAUCCAGAAGCAGGUGCUGCCCCUCUUCAACUACUACAAGAGUGUCACCAGCAACUGGACCAACAUCCCUGAGGGCCUGAUGGACCAGUACAAUGAGAUCAAUGCCAUCAGCACUGCCUGCUCCUAUGGCAUCACCGAGUGCCAGGACCUGGCCAUCAAAUACUUUCAGGAGUGGAAGCAAAAUGUUGCACAAAACCCGAUCCCCCCGAACCUGCGCUCCUCCAUCUACUGCAGCAUAGUGGCCACGGGUGGGGAGGAGGCCUGGCAGUUCAUCUGGGAGAGGUUCCGGAGUGCCAGCGUGGUGUCCGAGGCCGACAAGCUGCGCACCGCCCUCUCCUGCAGCCCCCAUCCCUGGAUCCUCAACCGGUACCUGCAGUACACCCUGGACCCCACCAAGAUCCGGAAGCAAGAUGCCACCUCCACCAUCAACAGCAUCGCCAGCAAUGUGGUUGGCCAGCCCCUGGCCUGGGACUUCAUCCGUGGCAACUGGAAAAUACUCUUCGGCCAGUAUGGUGGUGGCUCUUUCUCCUUCUCCCGGCUGAUCCUGGCAGUGACCCAGCGCUUUGCCAGCGAGUUUGAGCUGCAGCAGCUGGAGCAAUUCAAAGCUGACAACCAGGACAUCGGGUUCGGGUCGGGGACGCGGGCGCUGGAGCAGGCGCUGGAGAGGACCCGCACCAACAUCAACUGGGUGAAGCAGAACCAGCAGACGGUGCUGGACUGGUUCAAGGUUGAGACUGGCUCCAGCUAGGCCUGCCUGGCACUGACUGCUGUGCACACACCUCCUGACUGCCAUGGGGUGGGCUGAGUGGCUGAGCUCACCACUGGACCCUCACCCACUCCCCAGCUCUGCUCACUCCAUGGCCCCCAGUCUCAAACGCCCCUACCUGGUCAGGGCUUCAGUGCUCCUGAGGGGCGGUGGCUGGUGCCCGUGGGCAUGGCCUGGUGCCUGCAUGAUGGACAGUAAAGGGAGUACACAGGGGCCAUCAGGCUGGGUGGAGAACACCCUGCCGUCCCCAGCUACGGGCUGGUGCAGACCUGGCAGUGUAAAUAAAGGGCUUGCACGUCA